UCAUUUGAUGUCAUUUUUGACAACAACUUCACAAAAACACAAGGAUUGCGGUUGUCACAAAAUGUAAAUAAAGACUAGAUAAAAACAAACAAAUAAGACACUAUUCCAGCACUCCAGCCAUGAGCAACGUGUCUUCUGUGAAACCCGGGAGUAACUCGCGACAUGAUUCUCCUAAGACACCCGGCGGCAUCAGCAAAUCUCAUCUAACUCCAUGCAGACGAGUUGGCCUCUCAAAGAAAUGGAGAAAAUCUGGACCUUCACCUUUUGUGUCUCCUUUAGCCAGCGCUAACUCACCAAGAGAGGGCUCUGAUAGAACAAAAACAACGCUACAUCCUAUAAAACUAACACCAAACUCCAAAGAAGAGGAAAACCGUGGUGGUGAACAGUUUGCAUCCAAUCAUGACGAGCUGAGCAAAGAAAACGAAGACGCAGUGCUGAACAGAGCAUCGGCCAAUGAAGAUAUAGUCACAACACCUCUUAGAUCUGUGCAUAGUGUUCGCAAGUCAAAAUCAAAAUGUUUAAUGUCUUUAGAUUCAAUAGAUGAGUGCCCAAAAGAUAUUUCAAGACCUUGUACUAAUGUUGCAGACAAUAUAUUAGAGAAUAAAGAUACUAAUAUGAAUAAAGAUGAGAAGACUAUCUCUAAGCCAGUUAAAAGUAAAUCUAAGAGCAUGAAGAAGCCCAAAUCUCCAAAGAUUGAUGUAACACCUAAAGACUUGAAAGAAAAUGAAAAGGUUUCGGAAUUGGACAAUAAAAACGAAGAAAAUACUUUGAUACCAUCUCCUGAAAAAGAUUAUUCAUAUUCAGUAAAAGAAAACAGCCCUAAUAACCUAACUAAGGAGUGCAUUGUAGUUAUACAGAGAAAAAUAAAUAAGAAUGCUAUUACAAAAAAAGAUAAUAGCUGUGACAAGACAGAAAAAAAAAUAUUUGAAGAAAAAAAUAAACCAAACCUUGUGUCACAAGCUUUAUUUGACUCAGAUUCAGAUGAAGCACCUCUGAGCACUAUUACUAAGAAAGCAAGUGUUGAAAACAUAGAUGUUGAAAUGAAAAAGCGUCCAAGACAGCUAGCUUUAGAUGAUGAUGAAGAUGACUUUACUGAUACUGAAAAGAGACCAAAUAAACUUAAGAAAUUAGAAGAUAAGAGCACUUCUAUUUCAGACUUGAAAACACCUGCUAAAACAAAUUUGAGUCAUAAACACAAAGAUAAAAGUAUACCAAAGAAAAUUGUUGUGAAUAAACCAAUAUCACAAAUGUCAUUUGAUGAUGAUGAUGACUUUGAUUUUAGCAGUAAAAGAACUAUCCUAAUAAGGAAAUCUUAUGAUAAAGUGAUUAAGCCCCAGAAAGCAAAGUCAACAGGGUCUGUCACACAAAAAGACAUUGAUGACCUAAAAGCUAAAAUUGAAAUGAAGAAAAACUUAAUUUUAGCUAAAGCCAUGACCAAUGAAACAGAAGAUCUAAGAAAUUUAAUAAAGAAAUGGAAGAAAGGGUGCCAAGAUGCCCUGGCAGAGCUCAUGGACCUGAUGAAGUCUAAGUUCCCGGAGAAACAAUACAUGGACUACUCCGAGAUACUGCAAAUGUUAAAAAUACCAUCUGCCCUGGUUGGCUAUGAUUCAGAUAAUGACUGCUUCACUAGUCCAGAUGAUGCCAACAUUAUUCUUGAUAGAAUUUUAUAAUUUUCACCACUAGCAGUGUAAUAAUUAACAUUUAAGUUAUGCAUUUUGAUUUAAUUAAAUAAGAGAUAUAUUUUGAA